GGGCCGGGCCGGGCCCGGGGGCGGCCGCAGCACCACAAGAUGGCGGCGGCCAGGGCGGUGCGGGCGGCGCGGCGCGCCCGGUGGGUCUUCGACAUCUUCGUGGCCGAUGUGCCCUGGACGGUGUCGAGCAAGGAGCUGAAGGAGUACUUCUCGCAGUUCGGGGCCGUGCAGAGGUGCCAGCUGCCCUUCGACAAAGAUACAGGCUUUCACAAACGUUAUUGCUUGAUUAAAUUCUCAUCUCCAGAAGAUGUUCAGAAUAUACUUCAAAAGGACUCUCACGUACUUGAAGGUUCCAAGCUCUCUGUCAAACUGCAGCAAGGUAGAAGAUACAAUCAGCAGAAGGAAGAAAAAGACUAAAUGAGUGGUGGAAGGAGGCUUUAUUUCACUAAACGUAAAGAAACUAAAAUAAAGAUUAUGGAGAAACUA